ACUUGUGGUUUAAUUUUGCAUUAUGGACCGUCAGAUACCCUUUCAUAUCCUCCUUUGUGCCUUCCUAUGUUAGGUUACACGCCCUUUCACUGAGAGUUAGCUGGACACACAUAGAAAAAAAUUCCUCAUCUCCCGACUGGUACACUUGUCAUCAUCCAACCAAUGGACACCGCCACUAGCGCAAACGCAGAUGAAGGAGCCACACUGGGCCCCUCGGAAAUAUCAAAAAUCGGAGCUAUACUUGACAAAAUUCUCCCGUAUAGGGACAUAAACGUAGUAACCCUAAAGAGCGUAAGAAAAGACGUGGCGGAUUAUUUAAAUGUGGAUGAAUCGUACUUUUCGGAGAGCAAAGAAAAAAAAGAAUUACUGAAAAGUAUCUUGAAAGAAAAGUUAUUAAAAAUUUACAAGCAACAGAAAGAGGAGGAGACGACGGAUGACGUUGAAAAUAGCGAAUACAACGAUGAUGUUAAGAAAGACGAUUCGAAAGAGAGAGUAAAGAAAAGUGCAAGCAAAAGCGCGAAGAAAAGUCCGAAAAAUAAAGACAAACAUGCAGAGAAGAAAAACUCCGAUAAUGAUGAGGGACAAGAAGAGGAAGAAGACAACUACACCGAUGACAGCAUGGGCGAUAGUACAACGAAGUCAAAAAAAAAAAAUAAAAUAAAAAAAAAAAAAAAGAGAGAAUUAAAUUCUGACGAGGAUAAUCAAUUACCAAAGAAAAAGAAAAAGGGAAAGGAAAAAAAUGAUGAUGACAAUGAUGAAUAUGAUGAGGAUGAAGAAGACGAUGAACCAAAUGAUUUCGAUUAUGAUACAAACAAACGUAAAGACACUAAUGAGGAUGCUUCCAAAAAAAAAAAAAAAAACAUGAGCAGCAGUGGAAAUAACAGUAGUAAAGAAAAAAAUGUACAUACCAUGAAAAAAGAAAAAUUAAGAAAAUUAGUUUUGGAUUUAAAAAUUGGACCCACUAUUUUUAAAGACUUAAACAAAGAAGAUGAAGAAGCAUACAAUAAAAAACUAGAACAGAAAAUAAUCACGUUUUGCGAAAAAAAAAACGUGUGCUCGGAAAGUGGAAGAUUACCCAAUCCGAAUGAAAUACACGAGUACAGAAAAAAAAUUAAACUGAAGGAAGAAUUAGAUGGUAUUGACCCGUCCAACAUCCUCGACUCCAGCACAAGGGUGAGGAGAAGGAACCCCAACGCUUAUGUGCCGCAGUCCUUUGCAGAGAUUGAUGAGGAGGAGGAAGGUGAAGAGGGUGAGGAAGAGGAAGAAGAUGAGGAUGACGAGGAGGAUGAUGAAGAGGUCGACGGAGCGGAUGACAACGACGAUGAAGAGGAGGAAGAAGACGAUGACGGUGACGAUGGUGAAGAUUCCGACGAAUAUGAUGACGAUGAUCAGGAUGAUGAUGAGGACGGGGUGACUAAAUCUAAAAAGAAGAAAAAGUUAAUAAAAACAAUCAGCAAGAAGAAGACUCGUGUGUUGGAGGACGACGACUAA